CUGGGGAGCAGACCAGUUCUGGUGACAGAGUACGCUCCUCAGGGCACGCUGUCAGGCUACCUACGAGCCUUGCGUGUGCGUCCGGAGACGACGUUGGAGGAGGUGGUGAUGACGUACUGGUGGACUCGUGCGAGAGCUCUUGUUGGAGACCUCUACUCCUUUGUCAGUGACAUUGCUAGCGCCCUAGUCUACCUGGAGAAAAUCGCUGUGGUACACGGCGACGUAGCAGCUCGUAACGUUUUGCUGACUGCGUCACUCACUGCUAAGCUGAACGACUUCGAAUCGGCCUGCGUCAUUCCACACGAAGGAUUCGUCGAAAUUGCGGUGGCGGAGGCAGUGGAUCCCGUAAGACAUCCCGAUAUUUUGUGCGGCUUCCAGGCAAGUGACUUCACCUUAGACUCGGGCAUUGUGCUCAUCGAAAGCGUUUAUAAUGAGCCUGUAUACGUCCGCAAAAAAGUCGUUGUACUGGACCACUUUACACCAUAA